AGACCUGAACCCAGAGCUGCCGUCCAGUCAGGCAUCCUGAUACUUUAAUAACAGAUCCCAGUCUCUCUCAACCAGCAUCCUGAACAGGUUGGUGACUGAAAAUGUUCCAGCAGUUGGUCCGUCUGCUCCUGCUGCUCCUCAUGGCUGUCUGUUCAGCUCGGAGCACAGGCUCUGUGGCCACCAGCUGUGAGGCGUGUCACAGCCUGGCUCGAUGUGACUCCUCCCUCCAUGAUAACAGCGUUGAGAGCGUGGACGUGUCCUGUCACUGUGAGGGCGCUGUGCUGGGAGACGGCUUCACCUGCUACAACCAAUCUACCUGCAGCGAUGCCUGCUGUAGCCGAGGUUACCGCUGGUCGCCGCCGCAGGGCUGUGUGGACGUCGAUGAGUGCUCUCUGCCCCGCCCUCCCUGUGGUCCCGGGCAGACCUGUGAAAACACCCCGGGUUCCUUCAACUGCCUGGUCACCCCUGAUUCAAGAAGUCGCACUGCUCCAACAUCCAGACCCCGAUCGGUGACGUUCGGCUGUGGCAGCACCCGGUGUCCUUCCGGUCACGACUGCCUCCAGGUGAACGGCACUUCUCAGUGUGUGGACCCGUGUCAGCACUACACUCCACUACAAGACGCCUGGCGAUCCACAAACUUCAGGGCCGACCACGAGUCUACGUUCUGUGACAUCCAUUCAGACUGGCAGGGCUGGUACCGUCUGUUCAUCGGUAACAGCAGCGUUCAUAUGCCAGAGAGGUGCAUUGAGAGACACAUGUGUGGGACCGAUGCUCCCCUGUGGCUGCAGACUCGUCACCCACUGAAGACCGAGGGCAUCGUGUGGGCCAAGGUCUGUGGCAGCUGGGAGAGAGACUGCUGCCAGUUCCAGUCCAACCCCAUCCACGUGAAAGCCUGCCCAGGGAACUACUACGUCUACAAGUUAGUCACCCCCAACUUGUGUCGGCUAGCUUACUGCGCAGAUGCUAACACUGCAGUGUGUAGUACCUGUGCUGAAGGUGAGAACUGUGUGAGCAGUGACAGGAUCAACUGGAGGUGUGAACCACAUCCCACCUCUGCACUGAGGCUGGUGAACGGGGACACCCAGUGCUCUGGGAGGGUGGAGAUCUUCCACAACAGCCAGUGGGGAACUGUGUGUGAUGAUCUUUGGGAUUUGAACGAUGCCCAGGUGGUCUGCAGACAGGUAGGAUGUGGCUCCGCCCAGUCUGCACCUGGUUCAGCCCACUUUGGACAGGGUACUGGACUGAUCUGGAUGGAUGAUGUUGCCUGUACUGGCAGUGAGUCUGCAUUAUCACAGUGUGGACACAGAGGGUUUGGUAUCAAUGACUGCAGCCAUGGGGAAGACGCUGGAGUCAUCUGUUCACCUGCCAUAUCUGAUCUGAGGCUGGUGAACGGGGACACCCAGUGCUCUGGAAGGGUGGAGAUCUUCCACAACAGCCAGUGGGGAACUGUGUGUGAUGAUCUUUGGGAUUUGAACGAUGCCCAGGUGGUCUGCAGACAGGUAGGAUGUGGCUCCGCCCAGUCUGCACCUGGUUCAGCCCGCUUUGGACAGGGUACUGGACAGAUCUGGAUGGAUGAUGUUGCCUGUACUGGCAGUGAGUCUGCAUUAUCACAGUGUGGACACAGUGGGUUUGGUACCCAUAACUGCAACCAUGUGGAAGACGCUGGAGUCAUCUGUUCUGGUACCUCUCCAGAGCCCGAGCUGGUCUGUGGCCGGGACCAUCUGCGUCUGAUGGUCCAGAAGAGGCUGUUCAGGGAACAAGGGCUGAACGCCUCCACUGCUCACCUGAUUGAUCCAAGCUGCCACGAGCAGGUCGACCACCCGGAGGCGAUGUGGUACCAGGUCCAGCCAAGAGAGGGCGUCUGUGGAAAUCUGGUGGAAUACACCAGCAGACAUAUUACCUUCUCCAACAUUUUGUUUGUGUACCCGUCUGACCGGAUGAACACCUCCCUCUCCAUCCCCAUGAGCAUCCCUUUCACCUGCGUCUUCCCGCUGAACGACACCAGCAGUCUGGGCACCGCCAUCCAAUACCAGCUGCCGAGUAACAUUCUGGGUGUGGUGCGUUCAGGAGAACCAAACAGAGUGUUGAUGACUCUGUUCCAGAGACCAGACUACACCCGGCCCUUCCCUCCGGGCCCUGUGAGCCUGCCGCUGGGCUCGCGUCUGCACGUCGGUGCUUCUCUGGAAAACUACCAGAACUCAUCCUUCGUUCUGCGGCUGGACAGCUGCUACGUCACAAACUCCCCCAACGCUGACGACCCGGACAAACACUUCCUGAUCCAGAACAGGUGUCCUGUUGACCGUCGUCAUGUAACAGUGGAAGAAAGCGGUCAGUCACUUCAAGCUCGCUUCUCAGCGCUGCUCUUCCAGUUCCAAGGGACCUACGAGGACAUUUACCUGCACUGCAGGAUCAGUCUGUGUGACCGGGACAGCGGCCCCUGCAACCCUAACUGUUCUAGACGCCACACUCGGUCUGCUGCAGCCCCAACCAGUCAGCUUCCUGUUACUGUUGGACCAAUCAGCUGGUUUUAAAAAGAUGAGGAUCCAGGUCGUUCUUAUUUCAGGACAAACCAGCCUGCAGUCAGCCAGACCACCUUCAGUCCUGAUCAAUGAAGCCGACCAAUCAAUGGAUGAAGCCGACCAAUUAAUGAAGCUGACCAAUCAAUGAAGCUGACCAAUCAAUGAAGCCGACCAAUCAAUGAAGCCGACCAAUCAAUGGAUGAAGCCGACCAAUUAAUGAAGCUGACCAAUCAAUGAAGCCGACCAAUCAAUGAAGCCGACCAAUCAAUGGAUGAAGCCGACCAAUUAAUGAAGCUGACCAAUCAAUGAAGCAGACCAAUCAAUGAAGCAGACCAAUCAAUGAAGCCGACCAAUCAAUGAAGCCGACCAAUCAAUGAAGCCGACCAAUGGAUGAAGCCGACCAAUUGAUGAAACCGAUCAAUCAAUGAAGCCGACCAAUGGAUGAAACCGAUCAAUCAAUGAAGCCGACCAAUCAAUGAAGCCGACCAAUCAAUGAAGCCGACCAAUCAAUGAAGCCGACCAAUCAAUGGAUGAAGCCGACCAAUUAAUGAAGCUGACCAAUCAAUGAAGCAGACCAAUCAAUGAAGCAGACCAAUCAAUGAAGCCGACCAAUCAAUGAAGCAGACCAAUCAAUGAAGCAGACCAAUCAAUGAAGCCGACCAAUUAAUGAAGCUGACCAAUCAAUGAAGCAGACCAAUUAAUGAAGCUGACCAAUCAAUGAAGCUGACCAAUCAAUGAAGCCGACCAAUCAAUGGAUGAAGCCGACCAAUUAAUGAAGCUGACCAAUCAAUGAAGCAGACCAAUCAAUGAAGCAGACCAAUCAAUGAAGCCGACCAAUCAAUGAAGCCGACCAAUCAAUGAAGCCGACCAAUGGAUGAAGCCGACCAAUUGAUGAAACCGAUCAAUCAAUGAAGCCGACCAAUGGAUGAAACCGAUCAAUCAAUGAAGCCGACCAAUCAAUGAAGCCGACCAAUCAAUGAAGCCGAUUAAUCAAUGAAGCCGACCAAUCAAUGAAGCAAACCAAUCAAUGAAGCCGAUUAAUCAAUGAAGCCGAUUAAUCAAUGAAGCCGAUUAAUCAAUGAAGCCGAUUAAUCAAUGAAGCCGAUUAAUCAAUGAAGCCGAUUAAUCAAUGAAGCCGACCAAUCAAUGAAGCCGAUUAAUCAAUGAAGCCGAUUAAUCAAUGAAGCCGACCAAUCAAUGAAGCCGACCAAUCAAUGAAGCCGAUUAAUCAAUGAAGCUGAUUAAUCAAUGAAGCUGACCAAUCAAUGAAGCCGACCAAUCAAUGAAGCCGAUUAAUCAAUGAAGCCGAUGAAUCAAUGAAGCUGACCAAUCAAUGAAGCCGAUGAAUCAAUGAAGCUGACCAAUCAAUGAAGCCGAUUAAUCAAUAAAGCCGACCAAUCAUUGAAGCCAUUCAGUCGAUGCUCAUGUGUGUUUGUGAUUGAAGUCAAUAAAGAGAGAAGAUGAA